CAAAAAUCCAAUAUAUAUAGUGUGCUCUUCCACUCAUCUCCUUCCUCCCACUUUCCCCCACUCCCCAUUUCCAAAAAAUCUCUCUCCCUUGAAACAAUAUAAUAACAAUGGCUGAAGGAUUGGGUAUUCUUUGUCUCUUAUUAACCUUAGCCCUCCUCCUUCUCUUCUUCCUCCUGAUCCGUUCAGUUCCAAUGAUCAUCAGUCUGAAACCACUAUGCAAGUGUGAGAUCUGCAAGGCCUAUCUAACCUCAAGCUGGUCAUCCGACCACAAGAACCUCAUAGAUUGGUACUCUUACCUCCUAAACAAGUCCCCCUCUGGCACCAUUCACGUCCACGUCCUCGGCAACGUCAUAACCGGGAACCCCGUGAACGUCGAGCACAUACUCACCACCAAUUUCCACAACUACCCGAAAGGGGAACUGUUCUCGUCCAUCCUCGGAGACCUUUUGGGCCGAGGCAUAUUCGUCGUCGACGGGCACUCAUGGCUGUUCCAGCGUAAGCUGGCGAGCCGCGAGCUCGGCAGCGUCACCAUUCGAAGCUACGCUUUCGACAUCGUCACUGCCGAGGUCCGCCACCGCCUUCUGCCCCUAUUCUCGGCGUACGCCGGGAACGGGGACGUUAUGGACUUGCAGGAUGUGCUGAGGAGAUUCUCGUUUGAUAAUAUCUGUAAAUUCUCGUUCGGGAUGGACCCCGGUUGCCUGAACUUGUCGUCGCCGGUGUCGGACUUCGCCGCGGCCUUCGACCUCGCCUCCACUCUCUCCGCCCAGCGCGCAAUCAUUGCUUCCCCCAUCGUGUGGAAGGUAAAAAAGUUCUUGAACGUGGGGUCAGAGAAAAAGCUUAGAGAGGCCGUCAGAUUGGUUGACGAAUUAGCGGCGGCGCUGAUCAGACAAAAGAGGAAUUCCGGCGGCCGCGGCGGAGCUUCAGACCAAACAAACAAUCUUCUGUCGAGGUUCAUGAGGAACAUCAACGAUGAUAAAUUUCUGCGUGACAUCGUCAUCAGCUUCCUUUUGGCGGGAAGGGACACCAUUGCUUCUGCGUUGACUAGCUUCUUUUGGUUACUCUCAAAGCACAAGGAAGUCAGGGAUAGGAUUCGGGCCGAGUCUGGUCGGGUAAUGGAACCCGACCAGCAGCUGCCCACGUACCAGCAAAUCCGAGACAUGCAUUACCUCACGGCAGCGGUCCACGAGAGCAUGCGGCUCUACCCGCCGGUGCAAUUCGACUCCAAGAUUUGCGCCGACGACGACACGCUGCCCGACGGGACAUUCGUCCGUAAGGGGGCUCGGGUUACGUACCAUCCGUACGCAAUGGGACGGAUGGAGUCGAUUUGGGGGCCCGACUGUCGCGAGUUCAAGCCCGAAAGGUGGCUUGAAAAUGGAGAUUUCAGGCCCGAAUGCCCAUUCAAGUACCCGGUUUUUCAGGCCGGGCCUAGGGUUUGUUUGGGCAAAGACAUGGCAUUGGUGGAGAUAAAGAGUGUUGCAGUGGCAGUGAUCAGGGCUUUUGAUGUGGAAGUCGUUGCUUGCGAGCCAAGUCAAACUCUAAGAUACGCCCCUGGUUUAACGGCCACCGUGAGAGGUGGACUUCCGGUGAUAAUCAAGUGUAAACAAUCCUAAAGGGGGCCGGGGCUGAAAAAUAUAUUUUGCGGGUGUAAAAAAUUAAAAUAAAAUUUCAAACAUACUCGUAUAUUUUCAUACGUAGUAGUUUAUUGGUAUUUGUACAUGUGUUAUGUGUAUAUCCUAGCUAGAUGAAACACUUGAGGGGACCAUAAUAUCCCUAGCUUCACCACUGUAAAAAUUAAGUCAUUUAAUGUUUGUA